AUGAGCUCUCAUCCUUACACGUGCAUAUCGUGCUCGCUCGCAUUUGCCGAUCCGGGCGUACAGAGGCAGCACUACUCUACCGAUCUGCACAGGUACAACGCAAAACGAAAAGUCGCUGGCCUGCCGCCCGUCACAGCACACGUCUUCAACGAGAAGAUCCUCGCGCGUCGACCUGCGGAGGCUGUGCAGAGUCUACCAGAGGAGGAUACGACCGGCAAGCUAAGUUGUCAGGCCUGCAGAAAGAAUUUUGCUUCGCCCAACGCUUAUAGGGACCAUCUCAAGUCGAAGAAGCAUAAAGAGGCGGUCUUCAAGAACGUCUCCGACCUCAAAAUUGGCCAGAAUGAUAGCGCGACAGACGUGCAGGAUAAGAUCAAGCCAGAGAGAAUUGACCCCUCGCUCGAGUUCCCAGAUCUUGACAAAGUCCUUGACGAUGUCGAACCUGUCGCUUCAUCGUCCCAGCAGGCAGCAGAAGCGAACGAUCCUACUGAACGUGCCAUCGAUGCAAUGAUCGCCAGGAGACUCGCUUGUGCUCCUCGCAUCAAGCCUUUGGGCUGCUUGUUCUGUCCUACCCAGCACAGAUCCCUCCAGGCCAAGCUCGACCACAUGCUCGCAGAUCACGGCUUCUUUGUGCCCGAUGCAGAGUAUCUCGCCGACCAGGAGGGACUCGUUGCCUAUCUGGGCGAGCAGAUCGCCGGCUGGAAUGUCUGCCUCUACUGUACUGCUACCUUCAGCCCCUCCGCGCCACCAACGUCCGCCACGACGACCGAGGACGAGCGCAGGGCGGCAAAAAAAGGCCUCGAAGCAGUCAGACGUCACAUGAUCGACAAGCAGCACUGCAAAGUCGCUUGGGAUACCGAGAGCGAAAGACUCUUGCUGUCUGACUAUUACGACUAUCGGCCGUCCUAUCCCGAUCACGAGGGCUGGGAGGACGUUGAUGAGGAUGAGGAGCUCGGUUCGGAUGUCGAGAUGGUCACAGAAGCGCAGGACGAUGAGCUUGAGAUCGGAGAUGAGCCCCGUUCCCGCCUCGGUACAGGAUCAGUCUCGUUGGGCGAUUCGCCAUACGAGCUCGUCCUGCCGUCUGGCCGCCGUAUUGGUCAUCGCGAUCUGCGCUUCAUCUACAAGCAAAAUUUGCUUCCUUAUCUGAACGAUACCAGCAAUAGACGAACCAAGCUCAUCGGCCAAUUAGCUUCUGCGGACCAUCAACGCAAGUCCAAUUCAAGCGCUCUCAUUCCAUCUAAGGGUGGCUUCGGCCAAUACGGCGGAGGUGGUCAACUCAUGAAGGCACCUAAUGCAGGCGAAGCUCGUCGGGCCAACCGGUCCACUCGACUUCACCUUGACCAGCGCAAGCGAGCAGACCAUUACACCCGCGUUGCCAUCAAGGUCCAUAACAGUCAGAAGCAUUAUCGCGAUCCGCUCUUACAAUUGUUUGGAUCUCGUCAACCAGUGCUGCUGUUCUGUGCGAUGAUGAUGCUGUCCUGGCUGGUGUCCUUACUGAUCGCGUCUGUCGUGGCAUUGCGCGGCAAUUCACUGACUUCGCGCUCUCUCGAUAAGCGAUCCAAUGCGGCUCCAAUCUUGCCGUCGUACCUGUUCAGACAGAAGGUCAACCAUUUUCCAGAUGAAGAGGCGCGAUAUGGGCCCAAAGAGCUGUCAAAAGGCUAUUUUGAUCAGGUCUACACGGUCAACACGACCGCCUACAAACGGGGCGGUCCCGUCUUUCUGCACAUCUCUGGCGAAACAUCUGCGCAAUCGCGAUGGCGCUACGCAACCACGGGCUACCUGGCAAAGCUUGCCCAAGCUACCGGGGGCAUCGUCAUCAUACACGAGUGCCGCUACUAUGGCACGAGUUGGCCGUUCGAGUCACUCACGACCGACAAUAUGCGCUUCUUGACGACGGAGCAGAUGAUCGCCGAUGUUGCCUACUUUGCUCAAACCGUUCGGAUCCCCGGACUGGAACACCUAGAUCUAACUGCACCCAAGACACCUUGGAUUCUCACCGGCGGAAGUCUGGCCGGGGCUCUGACUGCCUUUGCCAAAGUGCAAUACCCCGACAUUUUCUUCGGUGCCAUUGCCUCCUCGGCCACUGUACAGUCCUUCUUCGGCUUUCCCCAAUGGUACUACGCACCUCGCGAGCAUGCGCCGAGAGAAUGCAUGGCUAUCGUCGAAAAGACUGUCGAGAGAAUGGACAAACUCUUCGCUACUGGCAACAAAAACCGCAUUCGCGAGUUCAAGAAGCUCUUUGGACUCGCGAGCGUACUGGACAACCGCGAUUUUGCCAUGGCUGUUGCUUCGCCCAUUGGCGCAACAUGGAAUUAUCCCACGAACGGCUGGCAAGAGCUGCAAUGGGGACCCUACGGUUCAAAUGACUUUCAUGCUUUCUGCGCGAACUUGACAUCGCCAUCGAUUGAUAAGGAGCUUGACAAGCAGCACGGCGUUCACCAUCUAACGAAUUACGCAAAAUACGUGAGAGAGCAAGUCGUUACGACUUGCCCGCAAGGCAAGGAGCUCAACAGCAACGACUGCUUCGGCACUCAAGACGCAGCUGCUUGGGCGAGCACAGCUCUGUCCGAGUCACGAAGCUACGCAUGGGGUGGCUGUACAGAAGCCGGCUUUUAUAACCAAGCAGCGACCGACGGUGGACCUUCACUGAUUUCUCAGAGCGUUCAGCCUUCCUAUACAGAAGAAUGGUGCAAGAAAGCAUUUCCACCUGGACGUUACGCACAUCUGCCAUCGCAGCCUGACCUGACAAAGGAAUCGAGAUUCGGCGGAGCUCUCAUGAGCGAAGACCGCUUGGCAUUCAUUGACGGGUCCAACGAUCCGUGGCGCUACGCGACGCCCAACUCUCCUGAUUUGCCUCCUCGACCUGAUUCCCUCUUGCGUCCAGCGCACAUCAUCCCGGGUGGUUCGCAUCAUUCGGACUGCUAUGGCCUGACAGACCCGGAACUCGAGCCACCGCCGAUCCGUGCCGUCCACGCUUAUCAAGAGAAGUUUGUCAAAUCUUGGUUGGAAACAGAUUUUCCGGCCUGGCAAAGGAAGUUCUCAGAUUGA